GAUCAACUCGAAGAAAUGAUCAGAUUUACGUUUAUAAUUAUGGGAGCUUUACUACAACUGAUGAUCAUGUGUUAUUCUGGUCAGAAGUUAAUGGACGAAAGUCAGAAUGUAUUCCAUCGAGCAUACCGGACGGAAUGGUACUCAUUCUCCCCAAGAUUAAAAACGCUACUGAUUAUAACUCUUUACAGAAGUAUUGUACCGUGCAGCUUAACUGCUGGUAAAUUACUUACAUUAUCAAUGUCGACUUUCGCCGCAGUGAUACGAGCGGGCAUGUCUUAUUUCACAGCAUUUCUGUCGUUUAAAGAUUAAUUUAUCCGAAUUUCCAGUCCAAUACGACAACUUCAGGCCAAUUUUAGAA